AUGUGCCUCUUGGUCUUGCUCAUGGCCUCGGGGCUGCCCCUGGCAGUGACCAACUUCACCUUGCCAGUGGCGGAAGCGAACCUUACCUGGCCACUGGCAGAGUCCAGCAUUAACAAGUCACUACUAAUGGAGACCAGUUUCACCCGGCCACCAAUGGAUACCGGGCUAAUCCAGUCACUGGCAAACAUCAAUGUCCCUGAUUCUCAGAGAAAAUGGACAUACAAUGUGGUUUGCCAUUCCUGUGCAGUGUUGAACACCUUCACUUGCAAUACGUUUCAGACCUGUGAUUAUAACACCAGGCGCUGCAUGAUCGUCGCCAUCCGUUUGAACCUUCGUAAUCUCCUUGUUUACAAGGGCUGUGCAUUCAACUGCACAUUUACAUAUGCAUCUCAACAGCCCCCUGAAGCACCAAGAAAAAUCACCAGAAAAAACAAUUUCUAUUAUGUUCAUUGUUGUGGAGUUAAUCGGUGCAAUUUUGGAGGACCUACUAAUGUGGAGAGGGACAUGCUCCCAUUCCAACCAAUUGAGGAGAAUCUUCCAGAAGGAACCGUGCCUUUAGGCGAAUCAACCCUGUUUCUGAGCCUUGUCUCCAUCAUUAUCAACAAUGCGUUGACUUGA